AUGGAGAAGAAAACAUUGUCCCUGAGUUCUCUCUCCCCUCUAAACAAAUUUCCCCUUCCACGGUUCAGGACCAAAAUUGAGGAGAUCCAACAACGGAAGGAAGAGGAGCUCAAAUCUCUGAAACUCCAUAACCAGAAGCUGCAGCAAGAACUCCAGUCCACAAAUCAGGGCUUCUUGGAAUUAAAGGGCCAAUUGCAGAGUGGUCAAAAAGAACAUGAACUGGCUCUUCAGACUCUGCAGGACCAGGUUGCGUGCCAAAGUGCGGAGAGCCAGGAACAGGUUGAGACCAUUCUGUCUGAAAACGAUGCUCUGAGAACCAACCUUGCAGCCUUAGAACAGAUCCAGACAUCUAAGACUCAAGAAAUGAAUCUGAUGCGAGAACAGGUGGCAGCAUUGGGAGAUGAGCUGCAGCAGCGUCAGAAUGAGAAGGAGGCAUUGGCUGCCCAGCGGGAUGACUUCAACACACAAUUGCAGGAGUCACUCCGGGGCAAUACUCGUCUUAUGGAGCAAGUUCAAGAACUCAGGCAGGAAAAGGAGAGAUUAUUACAAGAGCUUGAUGAAGUACGGAAGGUAUCACUUAUUGCAGCCAAUCGGUUGAUAUGGGGCUGGUGUGAAGAGCAGCCUGCUUUCACCUACAGUUGA